CGAGGUCUCAACAACUUUCUUCUCCAAUUCGACAAACAUUUUUCAAUAUCCAUCUUCUUGCAGGCCAUGAUGGAUUUUCUGCAGGUAUGUAGCCUCCCACUCCGCUCCUCAAUGACAUUGAUGGGGGUAGAUAGCCAAGCUAACAUGAAUGGGUGUACAGCGCCUUGCGCGUUUCCUCGACAGGCCUCUCUUUCCAUGGAAGAAGCUUAUUAUUGGCUUCUCCCUUGCGCAAUUCGCGUUCGAGGGCUUCCUUUCUUUACGACAGUAUCAGGUUCUCAAAAAGACUGCUCCGCCAAAGGUCCUGAAGAAUGAGGUUUCUCAGGAUGUGUUUGAUAAGAGUCAGGUAUGUCUGACUUUCCGUCCAUCCGGGCAAUUAUCCUCCUUCUGCAACGCAGUCGCGGGGCAUUUCUCUCCUUCCACGCAACACAUUGCCAUACAUCUGCUGAUACGAGGUGAUGUAGGCAUACGGUCGCGCAAAAGCAAAGUACAAUCUCUUCUCGGGUCUCUACGGUCAAAUCCAAAACACGGCAUUCAUCUACUACGACGUUCUCCCCAAGCUCUGGGCUGUAGCCGGCUCCUUCCUACUAUCCUACGCACCGGCUCGCUUCCAAGGCGAGAUCUCGCAGUCCAUCAUCUUCGUCCUCGCAUUCAUCUUGAUCCAGCAGGUUAUCUCGCUCCCUACGUCCAUCUACCACACCUUCGUGCUGGAAGAGAAAUUCGGGUUCAAUAAACAAACGCCUAAGCUAUUCAUUACGGAUAUCAUCAAGGGACAAUUCCUCGCACUCGUUCUCGCACCACCGAUUCUUGCUGCCUUUCUCGCGAUCGUUCAGAAAGCGGGACAGAAUUUCUUCUAUUAUCUCUGGUUGUUCGGUGCUGGAUUGCAGGUUUUUAUGAUUACUAUCUAUCCGAUUGCUAUCCUGCCUUUGUUCAACAAACUGUCUACCCUCGAGAAGGGCGAGUUGAAGACUGCCGUUGAGGGACUGGCUGCUGGAUUGAAGUUCCCUCUCCAUGAACUGUAUGUGAUUGAUGGCAGUAAGCGCAGUGCGCAUAGCAAUGCGUAUUUCUUUGGGAUGCCGUGGAAGAAGCAUAUCGUCAUCUAUGAUACGCUGAUUGAGAAGAGUGGGACGGAGGAGGUGGUUGCAGUGCUGGCGCAUGAGUUGGGGCACUGGAGUUUGGGGCAUACUACCAAGUUGUUUGGAAUUUCGCAGGUAUGUUUUUUUUACGUUACACGCUCUUGCAGCCUUGAUUAUAUCCUGGAAGGGGAAAGGAGGUUUAUGGUUUUGAUUCUAACGGGUUUAUGUUUAUAGGCACAUUUCUUCUACAUCUUCUCCCUCUUUUCCGUCUUCAUCAACAAUAAAUCCCUCUACCAAUCCUUCGGCUUCACCAACACACAACCCAUCAUCAUUGGCUUCAUCCUCUUCUCGGACGCGCUAGCACCCAUGGACACCGUCAUCAAGCUACUGAUGAACAUCCUCAGCCGCAAAUACGAGUUCGAGGCUGAUGCGUUCGCGCAGAAGCUGGGAUACCAAACCGAACUGGCCCGUUCUUUGAUCAAGCUCCAAAUCCAAAAUUUGAGCACCAUGGAUGCGGAUUGGAUGUAUGCUAGUUAUCAUUUCUCGCACCCGAUUCUGGCGGAGAGACUAGGCGCUUUGGGGUGGGUUGAUGAGAAGGCUGUUAGUGGUACCGAGGGGGAGGAUGAGAAGGUUUCCAAGGCGAGUGGGAGGGAGUUGUAAAUGUAUGGAUAGGUGUAGGUUUGUGUAUGGUAUGUGUGUGACAAUAGAAGGGG